ACUUUUCAAAUCACAGACCCCAUUGCCACUAUCAUAAUCCUUAUUAUUCUCACCACUACUAACUUCAUAGUUCAGCCCCUCCAUCCCUUGCCGUCGGCCGUGGUCUUCUUCUCCACAUCAUAUUCGAAGUUGUUGCAUCACCGUACCCAUCGUCAUCCCCAGGCCGGUAUCUGUUGUCGUCAUCAUCGGCCGGAAGAAGACAUCUCUGUCCCCGCGGCGAGCCCUUGUCCUCGAGCCCCUUUUUUCUUUGUCCGAGACCCCGUCGUUCCUCUCUCACCGUCAAUACCAUUCCUCCCGCUAUCGUAUAUUAAGAUGCCCAGAAUAGGUCGUUACACGAAGAUUUCCAAGUUAGACACAGCAUGUCAGCAACCUCAAGUAGGAUCUACUAUGGCUUCAUCUUCCCAUCAAGUGGAUUGCCCAUUUCCCCCAUCCAGUGGCGGUGGUGCCCCCGCAGCCUCAUCUUUACGCCCUUUUCGUCCGCAUUGUAGCAAACCACUGCCUGCUCCACAGACUUAUACGAAUGGUGUUCAAAACUCAGAGCCGAACAAUGAAGACUUAGACCCAGAGGCAGAUGAGGUAGAUUCUUUUGAGCAACACGUUGACAACCUAUUUGCUGCAUCGGAGGCUCAGAAGCAUAAGGGAUGCAAGACCACUAAAUUUUGGGAUGUUAAAAUCAUUGACUAACUAUGAUUUACAAAAU